AUGCAGUUCAAGACCCUCUCCGUCCUCCUCCUCUCGGCCACCGCCGUCAUGGCCGCCCCAGAGGCAGAGCAGAAGCGCGACAUCAUCGACAAUGUCACCUCUGGCAUCGGAGGAAUUGGCUCUGACAUUGGCGACAUCGCAACUGACAUCGGCAACAUCGGAAAGAGCUUCACUGCUUUCUUCCCCUCCAUCACCGCCGUCCCCGUCUCCGUCUGGAGCAGUCUCACAGACGCUUCCCAGAUCAAGUCCUUCGGCUCUUCUCUCAACAGCGCCAUCCACGACCACCACGCUCCAGCUUGGUUCUCUAACCUGCCCGCCUCCGCCCAGAGCGCCGUCAGCAGUGCCGCUGCCAAAAUCACUGGUGAAAUCGGCGAGCACUUCCCCACGGCCUCGCAGACCACCGCUCCCGGCGCAACCGGCACUGCUGGCAGCUCCCAGCAGACUCACAGCCCCAAUGCUGCUCCCCGCGCCACUGCUCUUGCGGCCAGCAUUGCUGGUGCCGCCGGUAUCCUUGGAUUGGCCAUUGCCUUGUAG